GGCGUCAUUGUGGUUAUUACAGUUAAUUUAUCUAAAUCAGUACAAACAUGCACACAUACAUGUCGUUUAAUAGAUUAGUUUGAGUGCACUUUCACGCUUCUCGUGCUAGUUUAGCCUGCUAGUUAGCUUAGCGGGUUAGCUGUUAACAAAUAGACGCGGAAGUUAUCAACACAUCGCUAAGCAGAGAUCAAGUGUGAGUGUAAAGUGUUGUGAUUGUGUGAAAAUGUGCGAAAGAACGAUAGCAGAGUACGAGCAGGAAAUGUUUCCAACAAAAGUGAAGAAGCGACAACCUCAACUACUGGACGCUGUUUUCAAGAAACAUCAAGUAGUGUUACAAACAGCAGACAUCCAGCAGCUGAUUAAAUGUCAAGAAGAAUGUCUCUGUCAUACGCAGAUCCUUCCAAGAUCCUCUUGGAAGCAAGAGGAUCUACAGCCCCCCCAUGAUAAAGAGGGAGAGGAGGACUCACCCCCUCACAUUGAAGAAGGAGAAGAGGAGGAGCCAGAGCCAUCCCACAUUAAAGAGGGAGAUCUCUGGAUCAGCCAGGAGGGAGAGUGUCUUCUAGGGCAGGAGGAGGCUGAUCUCACCAAGUUUCCACUGACUGUUGUCUCUGUGAAGACUGAAGACCAUGAAGACAAACCACCUGAGUCCUCACAGCUUCAUCACAGUCCAAAUGUCCAGCAGCUGUUUGGUUGUCAAGAAAAAUGUCUUCUACAGCCGCAAGGUGGUAGCUUCACUUUAAAGCAGGAGGAUCCACAGUCCCCCCUUAUUAAAGAGGAAGAGGAAGAGGAGGAAGUGUGGAUCAGUCAGGAGGGAGAGUGUCUUCUAGGGCAGGAGGAGGCUGAUCUCACCAAGUUUCCACUGACUGUUGUCUCUGUGAAGACUGAAGACCAUGAAGACAAACCACCUGAGUCCUCACAGCUUCAUCACAGUCCAAGUGAUGAGAACAUAGAGGUGGAGCCUCCAAGCAGCAGCUCAACUCAACACAUGACAACAGAAGCUGAUGGAGACCACUGUGGAGGAUCACAAGCAGACAAGCUCUUAGCUCCACUAUCAGAUAGUGACGACAUAACGUCAGACGUUGAUGUAAAUAUGGAAUCACACAUGAGAAGACACACAGGAGAAAAACCCUUUAGUUGUUUAGUUUGCACAAAGAGCUUCGUUAGAAAAUGGCAGUUGACACGACAUAUGACAAUACACACAGGAGAAAGACCUUAUAUGUGUUCUGUUUGUGCAAAAGGCUUUGUUAGAAACUCUCAUUUGUCUCGUCACAUGAGAACACACACAGGAGAAAAACCUUUCUUUUGUUCAGUGUGCGGUGAAAGAUUCGCUUUCAAAUGUAACAUGCAAAUACACAUGAGAACACACACAGGAGAAACCCCCGACAGUUGUUCUGUUUGUGCAAAAGUCUUUGAUAGAAAAGCUCAUUUGUCUCGUCACAUGAGAUUACACACAGGAGAAAAACCUUUCAGUUGCUCAGAAUGCGGUGUCAGAUUCUCUUACAAAUGUAAUAUGCAAAUACAUAUGAGAACACACACGGGAGAAAAACCGUUCAGUUGUUCAGAAUGUGGGCUCAGAUUCUCUAACAAAUGUAAUAUGCAAAUACACAUGAGAAUUCACACGGGGGAAAAACCUUUCAUGUGUUCGGUGUGUAAUAAAACAUUCUCUCGCAAACCUAAUAUGCUGUUACACAUGAGAACACACACAGGAGAAAAACCUAUAAGUUGUUCAGUGUGCGGCAAAAGAUUCUCGCGCAAACGUACUAUGCAAUUACACUUAAAAACACACAGAUGAGUUUCCUUUUUGAAAGUCCUCUUUCACUAAUAAUCUACUGCAGGGCUACUCGAGAGUUUGAAAAUAAAUUUGGGUCUGGACUACGAGUCAGCCUGGGCACAAUCUGGACCCAGCCUUCCAACUUUAUGUUAUAAAUAUUAAAAUAUGGUUGAGUUUCCCGGUUACAAAUUAAAUAAAAACAUGGUUUAGUGUAUUUGAAUAUGAUCCACAACAAUCUGUUAAAUAUAACUGUUUCAAUGUGUCACUUAAAGUCAAAAUUGGAAUAAUAUCCCAUUCUCAUAAAAGUGUUUAAAAUACUUCCACAGGAAUACAUCACACCCUGACCUUUAACAGUUAUCCUGACCAGGGUUUCCGCGGGUUAUUAAAAAGCAUUAAAAGUCAUUAAAUGAAUUUUGCAACAUUUUAGGCCUGAAAUGACAUUAAAAAUCAUUAAUGAUGUCCAGAGACAUUAAAAAAUGUCUUACAAUUGUUAUCGAUAGUCAAUAAGUCGAUUAUUUUAACAACAAAUCAGAAUUAACUUGAUAACUUUGCCAUAAAUUCAUCCAUAAAUUAUAAAUUUCAUUUUUUCAUCUCUGGCUUUCUAAAUGGAUACAAGAGGUCUCACUCUGGGCAUCACUCUCAGCACCUGAGCAUGUUUAUUUGACAAUGGACCUAAAUGGACAGACGGAGAGAAGCCUCUUGUCAAUCAUCCACAAUCUUUGUUUCGGUGAGCAGGCAGGCUGCUAGCUUACACAAAAUACAAGAAGCACUAGGCGCAAACAAGAUGAUCAUAAAGCCAAAUGUUCCUGUUUGGGAAUAUUUCAUCUUCAAACUGAAUGAGCAAUAUGAGUCCAUCAGCACGGCCCAACUAGCAAGUCUGCAACUAAACAAGACAACAAAACAAACCGCCCAACCCAGUUUUUCCAAUUGGGGAACAAACUCCACUUUAAGAUGUUCAAUAUUUAUUGAAGUACACAUUUUGCUAACAGACAUUAAGAGUCUAUUUUAUUAUUGUGUUUGUUUACCUAUUUUGGAUAAUGAAGUUACUGACUUUACAAUAGUAAAAAUCAACUACAGUAAUGAAAAUACUGUAUGUUUAUUGUGUUUAAUGGGAUGCCUUAUUAGUAUUAUUAUGUAUAUAAUUAAUACUUAAUUCGGUCACAGUUAGUGGAUACUAUUCAGCUAUUCAAUAUUAUUAUUGUCAAAUGCUUACAAUUUUGUCUUUAUGGACAAUUGCAUGCUUCUGACUACAUAUAAUAACGAUCUGACUCAGGACAUGGGCGUUGAGUUUGUUAAAAAAGCAUUACAUUAGUUUUGCUAAAGCCUACAGAAAUUGCAGUCACAAAGGCUUGGAAUGUGGAGCUCGCCUUGUCUGGAGCCUGCUUAGACUCUUUUCUGUUUUUCUUAAGUUUACUGGAUAUCAUUUAACCAUCUUACUAACAUUUGUAUUUUUAGUAUUAUGAAGAUUUCUGACUCCAGGAGAAUACAAAGGUGGCCAACUCCUGUAACAAUAAAAUAGAACUUGUGUUUCAUUUUAGUUUAUUUUGUUCAUGUUGGUACCUUCUUUGUACAGCACGUGUGUCUCUUGCGUCAGUCAUGUACAUGUUGUACAUUGUAAAUAAUGUAAAUAAUAUAAAUAAUUCAAUGUAUAUACU